GUUUGACGUUGUUUGUUGGAUCACAGUUUGACACGUCAUUCAUAACAACAACAGCUGCUGCUGUUGGCAAAAACAUAUUUAUCAAAAGAUAACUUAUUAAACACGUUAAAUAUAGAGGAAACAACUUGAAAACAUGGACGAGAGCAAUAUUCCUAUAGACAUCAACAUUGGGAAGUUGCAAGAUUGGUUGGUGAGCCGCCGUCAUGUGAAUAAAGAAUGGCAGAAGAGCCUGCCGCCUGUGCGGGAGAAGAUAAACAAUGCUCUGCAGGACAUGCCUGCUCACGACGACAUAGCGAGCCUGUUGGCUGGCAGCUAUAUCAACUACUUCCACUGUCGGAAGAUCAUUGACAUUUUGAAGGAGACCGAGGCAGACACGAAGAAUUUGUUUGGAAGAUAUGGAUCACAAAGAAUGAAAGACUGGCAGGAUAUUACAAAGAACUAUGAAAAGGAAAACCUGUAUUUAGCAGAAGCUGCACAGAUCCUAGUCCGGAAUAUUAAUUAUGAAAUCCCUGGUCUAAAAAAGCAGAUAGCUAAGGAAGAACAGUCACAAGCGGAGUGUGAAAAGAAACACUUGGACUUUUUGAAGAAUGAGGCGUCAAGCAAGUCAGAGUUCCUGACGCUGUGCAAACAGCUUGGGAUACAAGGAGACAGGAUUAAGAAAGAGCUUGUGGAUAGACUGCAGGAGUUACCUGAAAUUUAUGACAAGAUUGGCAAAAACCUGAAACCUUUACAGCCAGGCAUAGAAUUAUAUUCUGCCUUCUCAAAGUACAUCCUAGGUGACAAGGCGACAGAGGUGUUGCCACUUUUACAAUAUGUCGUGGAUAAUGGCAACACCACGGUGUACGAGUGGAGUUACGGUGAGCCACCGCUGAGCGUGGAGCCGGACCCAGUGCAUAUCGAGUUGGAUGACGAGGAUCAAGGCGCUGGGGAUCAGAUAGAUUUCGGCGACAGCAAUGAGAUAGACUUCGGUGCUAUAGACGCGCCGGCUGCCGAAAUAGACUUUGGUGACGGAGACGCGGGCGGCGAGAUCGACUGGGGGAACAUCGAUGUUGCCUCACCUGAAAAUAUUGAUAUAUCGGCGGACCUGGCGCAGGUGUCCCUUGAAGAGUCUGGUAUCGUGGUGGAGGACGCAGGCGUGUGCGGCGGCGUGGCGCGCGGGAAGGACGCGCUCACCCUCAUGGACAACCCGCACACCAGGAACCAGAUCAUAGACCAGCUCGUCGAGUUGGAGUCAUUCCUGAAGAUGCGCCUGUACGAGACGAACACGUCUGGCGACAGCCACAGCUUCAGCCUGCUGCAGCAGCUGCCGGCGGAGAGCACGGCGGCGCUGUCGGGCAUGCUGGCCGCCGUGCAGGUCGCCGCCGCCAAGCUCACCGCGCCAGAGAUCAAUCAUCUGCACAAUGUGAAGCACUCGCCUAGAUACGUGGACGUGCUAACAGGCCAGCUGCAGCAGAAGCUGUCGCUGUGCGGCAAGCUGUCGCGGCUGGCGGCGCGCGCGGGCGAGGCGGGCGCGGCGGCGGGCGCGCGCGCGGCGCAGGCGCGGCCCGUACUGGCGCGGGUGCUGCACACCACCAGGGAGCUGCAGGGACAGAUUGAGGCCGACAUAUCGAAGAAGUACAAAGGCAGACCCGUCAACAUUAUAGGAGGCGUGAAAUUCUUAUAAAUUUACAAUUGUACGACAAGCAAAAACGGCACCUAUAAUAUAGGUCACAAGAACUCUGCAUGGAAAUGGGGCGUGGACUCCUAUAAACGGCAUUGCUCGCCUACACUUGCUACGCCCCGAUACUCGGUGCUCACUAUAGGAAGACACACUGACGUCGCCUUUACAAAGCUACUAAAAUACACCAUAGAAAAUUGCCAUGACUUAGCUAAGCCUGACAUCCAAGGUAUAGUUAAAAGCAAACACCAAUUCAAAAUCAAAAGUUUUUACUCCAAGUUGGCCGAUUUUCAGACCCUUUUAAAACGUGACAGUAAUGACUCUUAGGGAAUGGUUCCAAAAUAGCAUUCCUACCGAGAAAAGCCGCCAAGCAACUCGGACAGUUACUCUUUUAAAUAUACAGUACAUCAUAUACAUUAUCAUUAAGGCAUGCAAGAACAGCAUAAAAUAGAAAAAUAGUAAAACACUGGUAAAACGUGUCACUAAAAUACUGGUACUUUGUUAAUCUAAUUAUGCCCUGUAAUUCUGUUGGUACUGCUAUAGUAAGUAUUGAGACGAAGCUAAGUUACUGUAGGCGACCUGUGGCUGGUUAAAGGAGGCCACACCCCUAUAGGAUAAGGUGAAUCGAUCGUAAACGAUCAAUCGAAUCGAUUAUAAUCGAUACUUUGGAAACGAUUGUGAUAUUGUAAGUGUGCAAUUGAACGGUGUUUGGCAAUCGAGUGCUCUGGGUACUACUGUAAAGUAAUUGUAUAAAACUUAUUGUUAAUUAUUCAUUAUUAAUAUAAUGCCAUCUUUUAUAAUCGAG